AUGGAGAAGAAAAAGGUUUCCAGAUCAGCGGAUGACGAUUCGUCGAAGCAAUGUCAGAAAUUCGAGGGAGAAUCAAUAAAUUUGGCCAAAAAGAUCUUAAAUACCGUUGACAAGGACCUCGUCGUACCAAAAUUGUCCUUCUUCUUCUUUUUUAUGGCAACCGGCGCUUUCCUUCCUUAUCUUGGUGUGUUCUACAAGCAGCUGUGGCUUACAGCUCGACAGUCUGGAAUUCUGCUUGGAGUUCGCCCUUUUGUGAAAAUGUUAUGCUCCCCUCUCUGGGGAAUGGUCACGGAUGUAUGCAACAAACCGAAGCUUAUUCUACUUGUGUCUAUUCUGGGAACAACUGUGGCCCAUUUCUCGCAAAGCAUAGUCUCGCCGUUUCAUUUACCUUGCUACCCUGAUGUGAACAGAACAAACUUUAGCCAAAUCCGGUCAAACUUGUUCGCCCAAUACUCAACUGAUCGUUCUUCGCGACAAAGUGGCUUCCCAGCCACUUCUACACGUUUGCAAGAAAAUUCUCUCGUAAAAGGUGCCGACCAAACAAAUUAUUCAUCAGCUGAAAAUGCCGGCACUACAGUUCGAGGGUCGAUGGCGCCAGAAAAAUUCCUAAGAAAUAAUGAUUUUAACAAACAGAAGGAGCUCGGGAAGGAAGUGCAUCCCUUCGAUUAUGGGACAGCUCAGGAAGAAAGCAUGGAAGACACCGGACCAAGGCAUGAAGAUAAGCCGCGAGAAAUCACCGACGCAAAUUCCAAAAUAUUGACAAAAAACAAGAAACGCAAGAAUCCUAACAUGAAGAAUGAUUUCCGCGUCAAAGACAACCAAAGUAUUUUUGCAACUUUGCUUGUGAUUGUUUUUCUGGGUGAAUUUAUAGCUGCACCAGCUCCAAUGCUGACCGAUAGCGGAACGCUUGGUAUCCUGAGUGGAAGGGAACACCAAUACGGCCGACAAAGACUGUUCGGUUCGGUAGGCUGGGGAAUCGGUUCUUUGCUGUCAGGAGCCGUUGUGACAGCUUUCAAUUCAUGUCCGUAUGAAGACAGCAUCAACUAUGUGGCGUGCUUUUACGUAUUUGCCGGAGCCAUGAUUCUCGACUUCUUCGUCGGCCUGUUCUUCAAUUUCGUACCAGCGCCGUCCAAACAGGAUGUCUCUAACAUGGAAAAUGAGUUUUUAAGGGGACUGAAAAUAUUUUACAACCUAAAGAAUGGAGCCUUCAUCUGCACACUGUUGUUUCUUGGGUUCUCCCACAGCCUGCAGCUUUCUUUCUUGUUUUGGUUUCUUCAAGACAUUGGUGGAACACCAAUCCUUUUUACCCUCAUUGUCGCUGUAAAUUGCCUGUCAGAGGUGGUGAUGUUCUUCCUAGCCACCUACUUUGUGCAGAAGAUCGGCCACGACGCUGUUCUUUACACAGGGCUUGCCUGCUAUGGGUUACGAUUUUUGCUCUACUCGUACCUCAAUGAACCAUGGUGGGUUUUGCCGCUAGAAGCUUUGCAAGGCUUCACAUACGGAGGAGUUUGGACAGCAAGUGUUGCCUACGUUGGACCGCAACCAGGUGAGGAAAACGGUUUAUGUUCAGAAAUUUGUGGCAAGAGACCGUGAGCCGUUUCUGUUUAUUUUAGAUCAAAAAUCAUGGUAGUCAAAAUUUCAAUUCUCUAAACUUCAGCAAAUAUCACAUCUAGUUGACAUGCAUUUCAAUGUCACAUUUCAUCUUUUGAUUAAUUACCUGUGCUCCAGAAAUAGAGAAAGCGAAAUUUUUAAUACCGGACCGCACCGCUUCAAUAUUUGUUGUUUUGAAAGGAAAUAAGAUCAAACAAAACUAGUUAUUCUCCCAGUCAGAUUACAGUAUUUGUUUUCGUUUGCGUUAUUAGAUACCGGACCUCAUGCAAGGAAGUCGUAAACGACAAUAUGGAAAAGUUUCAGUGGGCUAUGAUUUAAAAACACCAUUCAUUUAGUCACUUAGAGUAGAUCAAAAAAAUCUCCCCUGAUAGUAGAUUUGCAUUUCAGUAGAAAAAAACUAUCAAACAAAAGCAAAAGAUAUUUCAGGUUGAAGGCAAAAUGAUUUUUUUUAGUGCAUAUAGAGUCCUGGAAAAUGUUUCUUAUUCGUAUCGAAGUUAUAAUUGGAGUUAAAGCUAAGGACACUUUUUUUAUGUCACCACCUCUCUACAUAAAUGAGAUUCUCAAUUUUUGUAACACCCGCUCAUCAAACUUAGAGGAAAAUUCACUUUUUAAGCUAAUUAAUUUGUCUAAGAACCAAAAACCAUUAACUGUAUCGGUAAACCAACACCUCAUGCCAUAAUGAAGCUUUGGCUCGAAUGAAUAAACUAAGUCGCCGUUAUUAAAAACACUGUUAUUCAAAUUAGUUUACUCUCAAACGCAGAGUCUCGUUUAAAUAGGUGUUUUUGUAAAGAUUUUUUAAUCCAGGGUCAACUCAACUACGCUUCCUUUUCAUUUAGUUCGAAUUAUUUGACGGAAUUUCAGUGGGCGCGUUGCUAAGAUACCAUUUGAAAGACUUUAUUCCUUAAUUUCAAACUGAACUGAGGUGGUGAAUUAUUGAUACUUUCUUCAUAAGCUUAAUCCUGUUUUUCUUUUUAAACCAUUCAUCAACCUUCUUGUCUUUUCCGGAGCAUCUGGUUUUUUCACCCAGGUUCUCUUUCAAAGGAAGUUAAUUGAUCUCCUUUCCAUCUGAUUUACUUGGCCCACCUUCCCCCACAUAAAACCAAUUAUGAAAGAAAUAAUUUUUUCGGCCGUAUGCUUUAUAAUUAAGCUGUCUUGGCCGCUUGUUAAUAAGUAAUGGUGAUGAAAAUUUCCUUUUAUUUGACCAUUGCAAAUCUUCAUAAUCAGUCGAGAAAAAAUUUUUUUUUGCUGAUUUUUUUUUUCAAUUAUUAUUAUGAUCAUUCUCUCAAUUUAAAUAAGACAACGUCAGAAAGCUGAAAAAACAAAUUCACAGUUGUAACGAAUUUCUGAAACGAAUACAUAGAAUGAGGUGAAAAAGCUAUUUUUAAACAUUUCAACAAUUAGCCGCAGUUGGUGUUUCCUUAAAGUUUCAGUACAUUUAUCUGUCAUAUCAAUGAUAUCAAACGAGAGUCUAUGGACCCUACAGUAAGUAUGUGAGGAGACCUGGGUUGGUCUAUAAUCGAGCUGACUAGAUUUGCGUGAUCGUUGGCAACGCAGGCUUUCCCAUACAAAAAAAAAAACCCUUAUCAAAACAAUACUUUGAAAAGAUUUUUAAGUAAGGCGGCUCAUUUAUCUGAAUAUUGAAAAAAACUAAUUGAAAUUGGAUUCAUCAAACCAUUUUACCUCAGGUUUCUAUUAAAUCUGUCAAAUUUUAAACACAAAUGUCAUCCUAAGUAUAGUCAGUGCGUGAAAGAAGCUUGCGAUACAACUUCCCGUCAUUACGUUCAGCUUCUUUUCCUUGCUAGAAUUAUUUUAAUUCCAUUUCGGAUCUGAACUCCGGCAUCUCCAUCGCGUGCAAAGUGUGACCAUGUGGUUUUUUAUCUCUCAUCGGUUUUUAUGGCCAUGAUCACGAAACAUCAAGUUAAACAUAGUGCAGAAAAAUGAAAUAAACACUUCCCAAAAAAAUCCAACUUAAGAGGCAAAUAUGUGAAAAAAAUGUCAUCAUUUAUUUCACACUUUGCUAGAGAACCAAGUAUUUUACAGAUAAACGAGUAAAGUUGAUCUUCAUUCAGUAAGUUGUUUUGUCUGUUAAUUAUAUGGUAACAAAACAUUGAUUCCGAUUACAUUUUUCAUGAUAUCAAGGCUUUCAAGCCUCAGAUGAUUGAAAUCAACCUUGACCUUGAAUAUUUAAUACUUCGCAAAAAUCUCAUCUGGAACGACAAGACUAAACUAAAAUAAAGUUAUUUUUCGAUUCGCUCUAAUGAAACUUUUCAAUAUAUAUUUGUUUCCAGGCUCCGGAGCCACGAUCCAAGGCAUAAUCCACGGGGUGUAUUGGGGUCUAGGUAUGGCUGUAGGCGGAGUCAUUGGUGGGUUGAUGGUUCAUUCGAUUGGCGCACGUUUAACAUUUCGGCUCGAAGCGGCCUUGUCCUUUGCAAUUCUUGUUCUGUUCUUCGCGAUCAACAAUUUCCAUCAGAAAAAUUCUCAAUAUUCUCAGAUUCCUUCGGAGCCUGCUCAGGACCCGGGGGAUGACCAAGAGAGCGCUGCAGAUCAAGACACAACAGGGGAUGCUAAAUGAAGUAACUAAUAAACAAAAUUUUAUCAAUCUAUUUAUUAAUUUGACUUAUUUAUUCAUUGAGCUCAUUGACAUGAGAAUUUCUCAAAGGAAGGGAGAUAUUAUAUUUGGGUAAUUUAGUUGUAAAAUAUUUUCAGAGGAAAAUUUAUUUUAUUUUUCGAUUAUUACGAAUAUCGAUAUCCGGGGAAACGUUUUGAUUUUUUAAGCUAUCAUGGGACUGGGCAACGUAAGGUAAACACCAUUAAAUUAAAAAAGCACUUUAUUUAAAAGUUAAUAUGAUUCAGAUUUAUGUUCUUUAGUUAAUCUAUGCUUUGUCAUUAACAAAUCUAACUGUAAUUGUAACAUUCUUAAGACGGAAAGAGAAAGAAAUUAUGAAUUUCAGUUUUUCUAAUAAUUGCUGAAGGAACGAUUUUACAAUAGACAAUAGACGAUUUUAUGUUUACUAAAUUCAAAACUGUCUCCUCGAUUUCGUCAGAAGAAAAAAAUAUGAUAAUGAUAAAGACAUCUAACAAGUUUCUGUUGUUAUUUUAAAUGAAUUAUGCAAUGAACAGGUGAAUCACAUGACUCUAAUUUAGAAAUUAACUGUUUAUGCUUCGUUUUAAGAGCAAAACUCUACACCCAUUGUCUUGAAUUGGGAUUGGUACAUUAUCAAAGCGUCCAUGACCAACUUAUUAUAGUAAUAAGGUUAAGUGUAAGCCAUGUUUGCUUGUAAUUUAAUUUGGACAGUUCCCCGCUGGACAGGUGCACGUGCUUACAUACAAUUUUCUUCUGCUUAUGCGGUAGCAUGUUUCAGGCGCUAAUUGAACAAGGCGCGAUAUUAGCCCAAGGAGAAAAACGCAGGAGGGUUUGAGACGGGUUUCAGUAUUUCGGUUACGAGAGAAAACAUUUGAGUAUUUUGUUUUGUUUUGUUUUUUCUGCAUCGCACUUGCCUUGAAUGGAAACCAAAGGGAAAAAAGGGCCAAACGCAGGUUACAAACCUCCUCCCUUUUUUGGUUUUACGCAAUUAACGCCCGUAACAGACCAGUUUUUAAAGCAUUUGUUAGCGUUUUAAGGUCGAUAACGAAUUUAUUUUUAAAGUUAGUUUAUUAUUGAUGAGAUGAUAAGGGGGGGCUUACCAACCGCCGAAGAGAAUUCAAAAAGCGAAAAUUUCCUGUUCUAGCCCUUCUUAUCAUUCUUAGACUCAAC